AUGUUGUCAGCACUGGCGGCGGUGUGCCAGUGGGUUGGCGUCGCAGUGCUGGCGUCGCUGCUGGCCUGGAUCGCCAGUGUCGCCCUGGACAAGCUGAGGCCGCUGCGACUGCUGGACCGCGUCCCGUCUCGCGCCGUUCUCAUCACAGGGUGCGACUCUGGCUUCGGGCACGAACUGGCGCGCCGUCUCGACGCGCUGGGGGUGCCAGUGUUCGCGGGCUGCCUGUUCCCUGAGGGUUCCGGUGCGUGCAGACUCGCCGCAGACUGCUCCUCCAGGUUGCGCGUGCUGCCGCUAGAUGUCACCUCAGACCAGCAGGUGGCCGACGCCGUCGCCUCCGUCCAAGCAGCACUUUCGGCCGCGUCAGGCACAGAGCUAUGGGCAGUGGUAAACAACGCAGGGACCAGCGACGUGGGCGAAGUGGACGUCACGCCGCUGGAGAAAUUCCAGCAGGUGCUGGACGUAAACACGAUUGGCGCCAUAAGGGUCUCCAAGGCGUUCCUGCCGCUCCUCAAGAAGUCUAAGGGCCGCCUCAUUAACAUUACCAGCCCUUUAGCAAGUGAUUACAACAGCACAAGAAGAACAAGCAAGGAAGUCUGA